AUGAAGUUCACCACGGCGUCGUUGUUGGCAGUGUUGUCUUCGCUCGUCUCCGUUGAGGCCAACGGGUGUAUUAUAGACGGAGGCAACUACUACUGCUCAGAAACAAACAAGGUCUUGUACAAAGGCAUUGGCUUCUCCGGAAGUUACCAAGACGUGAUCUCGAUGGACGAAACUUCGGGAGUGUGCAAGCUGCAACCGUUUGCCUUUUCCGGGAACUUGGCACCUUUGAACGAAGAAGUUUCGGUGCACUUUCGAGGCCCCAUCAAGUUGUUGCAGUUUGGCGUCUACUACCCCAAGUCCAACUCCAAGAGACAGCUCGAUGAACAGGACUGCAACGUGAAACACAUCCACCACAAGCACAAGAGAGCCACUGAAGUUGUGGCUGUUACCGAAACCGUGUUUGUUGACUCCAACGGCAAUCUCGUGACCUCGCAAGCGACAUCCACCGUGUCGACUUCAGAAACCCCCGUAUCCGACAAGGCGUCACCAGUAGCAGACCCAGUGAGCCAAGAAGCAGGCACAACCUCCAUCUCAGCCUUGGGCGGCGAAGGUAAGGCCUACAGACCGCUCUCGACCAAACUGGCCCCCACCACCACCUCCUCGGUGCCCGAGUCAAGCGAGACCCCAACCGCCGACGGCGCAUGGACCAGAUCCGCCUACUACACCCCCGGCUCCGCCGACAGCUGCGUCUUCCUCAACUACUACGGCGGCAGUGGCAGCGGUACAUGGUCAGCUGCGUUCGGCAACUCGUUAUCCUACGCCAACGCCGACAACUCCGGCGGCUCACUGCAGCCAGUCGCCCUCUCAUCCGUCACGCUUCCAUCCAACAAGGAAUUUGUGAUUAUGUCCUCGCAACAAUGUUCCAGCGAUGGCUCCUGCGGCUACGUGCGCCCCAACAGCGUAGCGCACCAUGGUUUCGGCGGCUCGUCCAAGAUCUUUGUCUUUGAAUUCGAGAUGCCCCAUGACUCCGCUUCCGGUUUCAAUGGCGACAUGCCCGCGGUGUGGCUUCUCAACGCCAAGAUCCCGCGCACGUUGCAAUAUGGCGACGCUUCAUGUUCGUGCUGGAGCACCGGGUGCGGCGAGUUGGACCUCUUUGAGAUCUUGAGUGGCGGCUCGACCAAGUUGAUUAGCCAUUUGCACAGUGGACAAGGCGCUGCAUUUGAGAGUAAUUCGGGUGGUGCUGGAUCGCAGGAUUAUUUCGCGAGACCCACGUCGGGGUCGAUGAAGGCGGCUGUUAUCUUUAUUCUGGAUGAGGUGCAUAUUUUGAAGGUUGAUGAUCUGGUUUCUUUCGAUGCUAGUUUGACGGAGGAGGUGGUGAAUGGAUGGAUCCAGCAGAGUGGGUCCGCUGCUACCAUCGGCUAUUAA